GGUCACGCUCUCGCCUCUUUCGCCCAGUCCUCAGGUUCCGGCUUUAUUAUUGAUAACCAAGGCCACAUCAUCACUAAUGCCCACGUUGUCGGCCACCGUGGCUCUAUCCAGGUCAAUUUGCCUGACGGACGUAUUUUCAAUGCUCAAGUAUUAGCCAUUGAUUCCUCUUCUGACUUGGCUCUCGUUAAGGUAGAUUUAUACUGA